AUGAAAGUUGAAGGACAACCAAAUGCUUAUGCAGAUGCAUUAGACUAUUUAAAUAUGAUAUUUACUGGUGUAUUUACUGUGGAGUUUGUGCUGAAGUUAACAGCUUUUGGUUUCAAGAAUUAUUUUAGUGAUCCAUGGAAUGUAUUCGAUUUCAUCAUUGUUGUUGGUAGUUUCGUUGAUAUUAAUAUGUCACAUCUUGCUGCAAAUUCAAAAUUCAUUAGUAUAAACUUUUUUCGUUUAUUCCGUGUAAUGCGAUUGGUUAAAUUAUUAAAUCGUGGUGAAGGUAUACGAACACUUCUAUGGACAUUUGUUAAAUCAUUUCAGGCAUUACCUUAUGUUGCUCUACUGAUCAUCAUGUUAUUUUUUAUAUACGCUGUAAUUGGAAUGCAAAUGUUUGGUAAAAUUGCAUUAAUCAAUCCAGAUAGUUCAAUAAAUCGUAAUAAUAAUUUUCAAACAUUUCCUCAAUCAUUGUUAGUGUUAUUUCGUUCUGCAACUGGUGAAGCUUGGCAAGAAAUAAUGUUAAGUUGUGUUAAUGAUCACACUGUCAAAUGUGAUCGAUAUUCAGAUACUGAAAUGAAAGCUAUACGAAGUUUUUUAGAUGAACAACAACAUAUUAUUUUAAUGAAUACUACAUCAACACAAUAUAUUCUGAUAAAACAAAAUGGUAAUAAUUCAACAAAAGUUUCGACACCUUUUGUAACAUCUAUUGAUGAUUCAACAGAAUAUAAUCAACCAUCAGUGUCAUUUUAUAAUCAUGAACGAGAUAAUCAUUCUAUUUGGGAUGCAUUGAAUAAUGGAUUAAUGGAUAAUAAUCAGAAUUCCUUAUUUACUUAUUCACAUCCUUCCACAAUACUUGGAUUAAAUAAUCCUACAAUAGAAAAGGACCGGUCUUCUUCUCCUUCUUCUUCGUUUUCAUCGGUUGAAAAUAUACAUCCUCCAGAUGAUAUUGUUUAUUCAUCAGAUUUAAUAAGUAGAUAUAGACAAAGUAGAGAAAUAAAUGAUAAAAAUGAAACAUUUCCUAUCAUUUCAACACAAUUAUCAUUAUCUUCAUCAUUAAAACCAAUUCAUAAUCAACUUAUUCAUUCAUCUAUUGAAGAGUUUGAUGAAAGAACUAUUAGUUGGAAGAAAUUAGAUGAAUUAGGAUAUAAUGGACCACGUGCAACAUGUGGAUCAAAUUUUGCUUAUCCAUAUUUUAUUUCUUUCUAUAUGGUUUGUUCAUUUCUUAUUAUCAAUUUAUUUGUUGCUGUUAUAAUGGAUAAUUUUGAUUAUUUAACACGAGAUUGGUCAAUAUUAGGUCCACAUCAUUUAGAUGAAUUUAUACGUUUAUGGUCAGAAUAUGAUCCUGAGGCAAAAGGAAGAAUUAAACAUCUUGAUGUAGUUACACUCCUUCGUAAAAUAUCACCUCCAUUAGGUUUUGGUAAAUUAUGUCCUCAUCGAACUGCAUGUGUAACUUUAGUACGUAUGAAUAUGCCGUUGAAUAGUGAUGGAACUGUCAUGUUCAAUGCAACACUUUUUGCUUUAGUUCGAACUAAUUUAAAAAUAAAAACUGAAGGUGCAGCAAUUGAUCAAUUAAAUGAAGAACUUCGUGCUGUAAUUAAAAAAAUAUGGAAAAGAACAAGUAAUAAAUUAUUAGAUCAACUUGUACCUCCUGCAGGUGGUAAGUUUUCAAAUGUUGCUAAAACUAUAUCUACUUAG